AUAAGAGAUUAAACUUUUCUAGAAUAUAUCUUGCAUUAAAGGGAAAUAUCAAGAGUUUAAUUGGACGUGUUUAAGUAUUUAUGAGAUUUACCAUGUCUUUUUAAGGGAUAAUUCGACGAUAUUUUAUUGAAAAUGUACUCUGUUCUAGGAUAGGUACCCAUAUCGUUCUUCAAAGGAAAAUGUCAUGGAACUUACGAGAUGUCACAUCUCAGAUGUGUAUUGUGUAAAAGAUUCUAUUUGAAGAUUUAUAUGUGCAUAAUAAUUAAUAACCAAUUAUAUUAAUUGUGUAUAAUAUUUAUUAUUUUGAACUUAUAAUAAUUAUUAAUAUUAUUCAUUGGUAUUAUCUAUGAAUAUUAUCGACGGUAUUAUCUAUGUGUACAACAAAAUAAUUGCUGUACAUGAUAAGCCAAACAAAUUGUUUUAUCAUGCUGCUGUAUUUUGUGAUUGCAACAAUUUACAAUAAUAUUGAAUAAUAAAUGAUUACCAUUUAGUAUUUAAAAUAUAGGUAGUUAUUGUUUUAUGUUUACUUUUGUGUUUCUUUUUUUGUGUAAAUAAUUGUUCUCAAGUCUCAAUUGAACACGUAAUUUUUUGUUUAAAAUUAGCUAACUGACGAAAAGUCAAUAAUGUCUUUGUACGACGAUUUCGAUGUCGUUAAACAAAAAUCUGACGGCUGGUCUUCGGGCAUGAAGCUCUUCCAGUCGCAAAUGCAGUUGAAAAAAGCAGCUCUAACUCAGCCAAGAAGAGAAGCAACUCGUAAAUCCACAUCAGUUUUAGCACCAGUAAUUGAUUUAAAGAAAAAAGAUGAUGACGAAUCCAUGUUUGACCCAGGACUUGGCUUUACAAUUUUUCCCAUGGCCCGAGAAGGAAAAAAACCACAACGUCCGUCAUUUCCACCUAUGGAUUGGACUUUUGAUGGCAAUGAAUAUGACCCCAUGAUUCCCAACGAUUACGAAAGAGUUGUUAGAGAUUUAAGAGACAUGCGAGAUAAAGAAAAAGAAAAAGAAGAUGAUGAAAGACGAAAACGAAGAGAAGAGCGAAAUAAAAAUAGAGACCCUGGUUACAAUAUGAUGGAUUUACCAGCUGGCUUUACACCCAGCACGGAAGAAAGACGCAAAACAGGAUUUACCGGAUUUGGUGGACGUAAAGAUAGUGAUAGCGAAGAAGAUGAACCAAAACCCAUGAGUAGAAUCCCUGGUGCUGCGAUCGCUCCACCACCAUCAUUGCAGGAAUCAUUUGUAUCAUCACCUGGACCUCAACAGUCUUCUGGAAUUGGCAUGGGCAUGGGUGUUGCUGCUAAAAUAAUGGCCAAAUAUGGUUUUAAGGAGGGACAAGGAUUGGGGAAGAAAGAACAAGGUAUUUCAGUGGCUUUACAAGUAGAAAAAACAAGUAAAAGAGGUGGCAGGAUUAUUCAUGAGAAACCAGGUGGUAACGUUUCACCACCACCUAUGACUCCUAUGGCUGCUGUGAUACAAGAUGAUUUUGUAGCGCCUGCUCCACCACCUCCUAAACCUCUACAAAGUAUCACAGAAAUAAUGAAAGAACAAUCAAAGGUAGUACUACUACGAAAUAUGGUUGGACCUGGUGAGGUUGAUCAAGAUCUUGAACCUGAAGUAAAGGAUGAAUGCAACACUAAAUAUGGUGAUGUCAACAAAGUAGUUAUAUACGAAGUUCCAAAUGUUGAUCAUGAAGAAGCUGUACGGAUAUUUGUGGAAUUUAAACGUAUAGAAUCAGCAAUCAAAGCUGUUGUAGACCUAAACGGUAGAUUUUUUGGUGGUAGACAAGUAAAAGCUGGAUUUUAUAGUGCAGAAAAAUUAAAUAGCUAUCAGCUCCUCGAUUAAAACAAACUAUUUAAUAAUAUAAACAAUAAUUGCAUUGUAUAAUAAUUUUAAUAUAAUUGGACAAAUUUUUAACAAUAUUUUUCUGUAUAUAAUAGAUUAGGUUUUUUAUAUUAAUAUACCUAAUAAUAUGUAUGCCUCAGAUCAACCUGUAUUGCAAGACACCCUUGUUGCCGAUUAUAUUGAUGAUCUCAUGAAUUCAUGAUAGUCCUCUUAUAGCUAUGGUCAACUUACAACCUCAAUUGAAUCUUUUUUCUGUAUGGUACUCUAAAUGGAGAAUAAAAUUAAACCACAAAAAAUCUA